GCGUACCUUUGUGAAAAAGAGACAAAAGUGUACAUAUGGUAGAAAGCGAAUAAAAUGUAGUGGGCAAGGUAUACCGUGAUAGUGGGCACUAUACUUGAUAUUAUUUUUCAUAUUAGAGCUGACUUAAUUAACUUUAUCUGGAAAUUAUGAAGUCAAUGAGCCUUCAAGAGCGACAUAAUUAUAUUUUAAAGAAAUUCAUUAUAUCUGAUAAAUCCUUCGAAGGCAAGAAGAAUUCUUAUGACAUAGAUAUAAUAAAGGAACAUCAUCGAUUUUUAUGGGAUGAUAACGAAUUAAGUGAUGGUGAUAAUUCAUGGGAAAUUUGUAUGGCUAGACGUUAUUAUAACAAAUUGUUUAAGGAAUAUUGCAUAGCAGAUUUAACUCUACACAAGGAAAAUAAAGUCGCAUUGCGUUGGCGUACGAGGGAUGAAGUAGUUUUAGGAAAAGGGCAGUUUCAAUGUGGAAGUAGGAAAUGUGAACAACGAGAAAAUUUGAGCAGUUGGGAAGUAAAUUUUGCUUAUCACGAGCAUGGAGAGAAUAAAAAUGCGUUAGUGAAGUUGCGACUAUGUGCGAAUCAUUCGAAGCAGUUGAAUUUCACUUCACGAAAACGGGAAGUUAAGCGCUUAAAAAAGUGUUCUGCUCCAAAAGGGCAAAUGCUGCGAAAAAAUCAAGGAAGUGUUCAAGUAACAAGCUAUUUUGAAAAUAUUGUAUCUGAAGCAAAUGAAGAAAGUGAAACAGAGAACAGGAUAUGGAACCACAGACCAAAUGUAGAAUUAGAGCAACCAUCCCGUGAAAUUGAAUUUGAACGCUAUUUAGAAGAUCUUCUUUUAUAGUUUCUGAUAACACCUGUCUAUUGAUUAAUUUUUUAACAUAAUAUUGAUUUAUGAAAUAUCUUAACUCCACCUUACGACUGUUGAUAAAACUAUUAUUUUGCCAAUCUUUGAUAGGAAUGGAAGAGCUCAUAAUGCACAUUUAAAAUAACUACGAAUAUGUAGGUAUGCUAAGUGCAUAAAAUUGAUAAACCGAAUUUGUGUAUUUAAAUUUUUAUUAUAUUAACAAAAACGGUCCAAAAUAUGUUGGCAAUUAUACAGUAUUCUUAAAAACUUGAAUCAGUAACAAAAGCUUUCUAAUAAAAUUGUAUGGUAUUCAACUCA